AUGGCUUGGCGAAGAGUGGAUCAGGAUCGACUAGUGAUCUACUACUGGUUCUUUUGUGAGGUGACUGUGGUGAGUUUGGUUGGAGUGGCUCUAUGGCUCAGCCUCACUCCAAGAAAUCCGCGUUUCACUAUUUCAGCCGCUCAUUUUCCACAGCUCAAUCAUACUACCUCUCUAGUGAUCUGCAUGAAAAUCUUCAAUCCCAACAAUCAUAUGGGGAUAGAUUAUAGCGGCAUAAGCUUCAAGCUGUACGCCGCCGGUGGUGUCAUUGCGGCCAACUCUACGCCUGGUUUUCGUCAAGGCUACAAGAACAUUACUCUGUUCCACAUGCCAAUACAGACCACCCAAGAGUUAUGGAAUGCUAGUUCGGAUGUGGAUUUCAUGCUCAGCCUGGAAACUGCUUUUAGGUUUAGGAUCAUCAAGUGGCGGACCAAGAUCCGCCACAUAGUGCGUCAACAACGAUUCAGCAUCAAUCUCAAUGGGAGUGCUUCAGGGAGUUGCAUGGAGCUGCAAAACGCACACAUAGUUAAAACCAGAAACUGA